UCCCACACUCUUGUCAUCCUCUUCCUAAGGAAUAGGAAGAGAAACCACAUUUCAUCUAGGCAAUAACCCUGUUGGGCCAUGGAUGCCUUCACUCCUCUCCAUUGUAUUCUGCUGCUCCUCCUCAUUUCUACUUCUACCACAGUUUAUGCAAAUUUCUAUGAUGAUAUAGAUGUGAUGUGGGGUGCCGCUAAUGUCACCAUAUUCAAUGAUGGUCAGGAUUUGGAGCUUCCUCUGAUCAGUCAGGAUUCAGGAUCGUUAAUCCAAUCAAAGGAGGAAUUCUUGUAUGGGAGCUUCAGUAUGCUUAUGAAGCUUGUGCCUGGAAAUUCGGCGGGAACAGUGACCACAUUCUAUCUUAGCUCUGAGGGUGAUAUGCAUGACGAGAUAGACAUGGAAUUUCUGGGAAAUGUAUCGGGCCAACCCUACAUCUUGCACACUAACAUCUUCGGUCAAGGAUUAGGGGGCCGGGAGCAGCAAUUUUAUUUAUGGUUCGACCCUACAGUCGACUUCCAUAACUACACCGUUCUCUGGAAUCCAUGGCAGAUCAUGAUUAUGGUAGAUGGGUUGCCCAUAAGAGUAUUUGGCAACCACGAGGAGGUGGGAGUGGCUUAUCUAAAGCAGGCGAUGAGAAUAUAUUCGAGCAUAUGGGAUGGAGAUCAAUGGGCAACACAAGGAGGCUCCAUCAAGGUUGACUGGUCCCUCGCACCAUUUGUGGCUUCUUUAUCCAAUCUCACCAUUGCGGCCUGCACAAACAGUACCCAAAUUGAUCAGUGUUCUUCAAGCAAUGAUCCUGACUACUGGUGGAAUCAGCCAGCUUAUCAGAGCUUGACUUACUCACAGCAGGGACAACUGAAUUGGGUUCGCAAUAACUUUCUCUUAUACGAUUAUUGCCGCGAUCUACCCAGAUUCAAUUACACUCUUCCUCCCGAAUGUGCCUUCCAAAGCUAAAUAACACAACUCCAUUUCAUUCCAAAUAAGUGCAGCGAAUUUAUGGCUAUGCUUCGCCACUGAUCAAAGAGCUCAUGUUCUCUCAUUAUCUCUCACCGCACCACAUUGCAAUUGUGUCUAUUAUUUAUCUAAUAACUCUCUAUGCAGCUUUCGCUCUGUAUUCCAGAAGGAAAAUAAGUGUUCAUUGUUUUUUUUGAAUAUAUGCUCUGGGCCUAGAAGAUGUUUUAUCAAGUGAAGCAUUUGCCUCUUAAGGAUUUUUAA